UUUAUCAUACUUGCCUAUCUAUUCAGUCCAACAGAAACACACACAACAAAAUGACAGACGAGCUGUCUGGACAAGCACCUCCACCACCGCCAUUGGACGCGAGCACCGUGUUUGCCAACAAGAUUACUUCGGGCAUCGAUCACGGCGCCGUCAAUGACAUGCUACGGCAGCAGCGGCUAAUACUCGGUCGCUUUGAGCGGACGAACGCGCGGCUGUCCCGCUUCAACGAGCAUCUGGACAGCGUGCUUGGAGCUCACACUGCUCGGUUCAAGUCAUACACACACCAGCUGGUGGACGCCAAGAAAGACCUCGAGUCCAUCUUUCGUCGAAUCCGCGCAUUGCGGGCCAAGCUCACUCAGCAGUAUCCCGAGGCCUUCUUUGGACUGGAGAUGCCCGGCAACAUUUCAGAUGACGACGAUGAUGAUUAUGGCGACGAGGACGAAGAGCACGACCCAAGGUCGAAGACGGCUGCGCGACCACAACACCCAGUCGAGCAGGAAUCAGCCGCGACCGAGUCAAGCGAGGUGGCCGCUCCAGCCGAUGAUGGUGCUGCGCCUGAUUCGGCUUGAGAACUGCCGAGGGCCACUUUGGCACACCCAACACCAGACCAAACGCUGUUCAUUCGAGUUGAACUUCAUGCUAACACUUUCAACACACUUCUUCAGCCUUCCAAUCCCGCCGAAAGCCUUCGGAAUCGCGCCAUCAACCUUACAUAACGAGUGACCUUCGAUCUGGAACUUUGACACGCCGACAGAUUCCUUGUUCAGUUUGCAGGUUGUUCGAGUUCCGACAUCUCAAUGAAUUGCACGGCGCUCUGGCAUCUUCCAGCCGCUCUUCUUGCUGUUCAAAAGCUGCUCUCUGCUCUUCCAACCCCCAUGUCAUUAUCAUCUGUAUUAUAGUCCUCCGAGCCCUUCCAACUGCUCAGCUGCAGCGUCUUCCCAUGAUUCGCAAACAUUGAAUCACUUCAACUCCGUUCACGCCAGUCGCUCCCGCGCUUACAAAGUCCAGAUAAAUUUAGAACAAGCUCAGUGCUUGCCUCAUUGUUUCUUGGUUUUGUUCAUCCCUUCCAAGUGUCGUCGUGGCAGGAGGAACAGUGGAGAGCUGACAUAACGCGCCAGCGCGGCACUUUUUGUGAGUGUUCGCUUUUUGGUGGUGUAUUCCUCGUGCAUGCAGCCGGCCGUGCUGUCUUUGAGAUGUGUUUUCCGAGCAGCUACACGUCGUUGGUGUUGGUCUGUGGAUUUUUGCUCGCCGUCCUUUUGCGAAACAACUGCUUUUGAAGCAGUUUCCAAAUCCGAAUCGCAGCCAUUUCUCAUUUUGAU